UCCGCUCCCCCACGGGUCCUCUCCGCUCUGACAGCACCGCUCCCCUCGCCCCUCUCUCUGCACCUUCGGCUCUGCCUCCCGCCCGCUGCUGCCCUCCCUAUACCCCGCUGCCCCGGCCCCUGCCCCCCGUCCGAGCCGCCGGCAACAUGCGCGGGCGGCAGCGGGCGGCGGCAGGCGAGGCUGCGGUGCCGGCUCGGGUGCCCCCUUCCUCCUCCCCUCGCCCGCUCCUGGCGACCCGCUGAGAGAUGGACUUGGCAGGCGUGCUGCUGGCGUUGCUCCUCGUGCUGGUGCUGGUUGUCUCCCUGCUCUCCAACCUCCUGGUGCUGCUAUGCUUCGUCUACAGUACGGAGAUCCGCAGGCAGGUGGCCGGGGUUUUCCUGGUGAACUUAUCCUUUUGCAACCUGCUCCUCACCGUCCUGAACAUGCCUUUUACCCUGCUAGGGAUCCUGAGGAGCCAGCAACCCCCCGGGGGCUGCGUCUGCAAAGCUGUGGGUUUCCUGGAAACUUUCCUGACUUCCAACACGAUGUUAAGCAUGGCAGCGCUCAGCAUCGACAAAUGGAUUGCUGUGGUAUUCCCCUUAAGCUACACUAGCAAGAUGCGGUAUAAGGACGCUGUGAUACUGAUGGGCUACUCGUGGCUCCACUCCCUCACGUUCCCCUUGGUAUCCUUGUUUUACUCGUGGGUAGACUACAGCAGCGUUUAUGCCUCUUGCACCUUGCACCUGAAAGAAGAGACAGAGCGGAGAAGAUUUACAGUGUUCACCAUCGUCUUUCACUCGACCAGUUUCAUGCUAUCACUGGUGAUCUUGUGUUUCACCUAUUUAAAGGUGCUGAAAGUUGCACGAUUCCACUGCAAGCGGAUAGACAUUAUCACCAUGCAGACUCUGGUUUUGCUGGUGGAUAUCCACCCCAGUGUGAAGCAGCGCUGUCUUAAUGAGCAGAAACGGAGGAGGCAGCGGGCUACCAAGAAAAUCAGUAUUUUUAUAGGGUCGUUUGUGAUCUGUUUUGGUCCUUACAUUAUCACCAGGUUGAUAGAGCUCCUUCCUUUUGUUACCAUAAAUUACUACUGGGGAAUUAUAAGCAAGUGCCUCACCUACAGUAAGGCUGCAUCAGAUCCAUUUGUUUACUCACUUUUACGUCAACAGUACAAAAAAGUUCUGAUCAACAUCGUCAAUAGGAUACUUAAGAGGGACCUGUAUCCGUCCUCAGGGUACAACAGCUCUCUCGACACCGAAAAUGAUUACUGCUUGCACAGAACAAACUAACAACAUGAAAAGCAUUCACCCUCAAGUGAGACAGGUGUUUGCUGCUGCUGGAAAGCUGCCUUUCCCCUCUCAAGCCAACAGUGGUGACAGAAUCUCCAGGGUAUGAAAGCUGCAUUAAUGCAAUGCAUUUAAUUGUGGACUUUCAUGAGAGGCUCUGCCCUGGUCUGAAGCCAAGUACAAUAUCUGGCAAAGUCAUGUCCCUGCAUGAAUGGAGUAGGCUUGAGGGGUUUAAAGAGAGCCUUUGGAGGCUUUAGAGAAGCUUAGAGAGCUUUUAAUGUUUCAUGUCUGAAGACUUGGUAUGUUUUGGAGCACUCCACAUGAGACGUGACAUUCCAGUGUCUUCUGGGACCACAGGAAUCCCCAGGGUGGAAGGAGAGGUUCAGAGUCUGACUUGUUGUGCGUGUAACUCAGCAGCCCAGGAUCUGCUCUGUUAGCUUUGAACAAGUCUUUUAAUUGAUUGAUUUAUUGUAUUGGUGCCUGAAGUGAGUCAGCACUUUGAAUCUGAGAUUGUUGUUACUAUUAUUUAUUACUAAGCAUCAUGAUUGUAACAUAGCCUUUAGGAAGUGGUACAUAUAUUUGAUAUGCUGGUAUUCUAUCAAGCAUAACCAAAGUCCACAUAUCUGAGUUACUAAUAUUUAGCACUUCAGUGGUAUGUGAUUACAAUAACAGCAACAAAGAUGUAUAAGGAAUUUAGUUAAAUAGCACUGUAGUUCCAUCACUGAGCUAGUAGUCCUAUUCAAACAAGCUUUUAUUCAGAAAAAAAAAGCACUUAGACAGUAGAAGUGACAGAUACCACUGUGUUUAAAAUAUAUUGCUUCAGAAGCUAUGUGUUUUCAAAGAACAGGCUAAAAUAUGUUAAUUCUUUUUAAGGGAUGCAUAAUAUGUAAAAUAUUUCAUGCAUUGGCUAUAUUUGGUGGACUGUAAUAAUAUUGUACAAUCUUUUCUUUUGUAAUGAUCAAUUAAUCUGGUGAUUUUAACUGAUACCAAGAGAUGUCUGAGAAAUAUUAUAACAGACCUGCUGCCAAAUGCCCAGAAAUAUAAAGCUGCUUUAUUAUUACAUGUAUUUUUCUCUUUUAUUUCUUUUGAAAACUAAACAGGCUUUGGAAAAAUGUGGGAAUUAUUUUUUAACUAUAUUCCUUUGAUUAUAUGACACGAACCAAAAUAUUGUAUGGCAUUCAGUAAGCUAUUAUUUUCUAAUUGAUUACAUAAGGGUAAAAUUAAAGAAAUUCUAAAAUCUAUUUUAA